GGCUCCCGCACUCACACGUCACUGCGCUCAGCCGACAUGCGGCUGUUGCAGACGUCGCUGCCGGUGCUGUGGCUGGCGCUGCUGGCGGCCGCCAAGCCGCCCCGGCCCAACGCGCCGCUGCCGCCGCCGCCGCCCCCGCCGCCCCCGCGGAUCUCGUUCGGCUUCCCUGGCGCUCACGCGCUGCCCGAACCACCUCUCCAGGACGUGCUCAAGUUGAUCCACGCACCACUGCCCAAGGUGCCGCCUCUACCAGCGCUUCCGCCUCUGCCGAAUUUCCCAGAGUUGACGAAAUUGCAAUCGCCGCCUGCAGGCAAAGUGGUCAUUCCACAUGCGGUUUACGGACCGCCGCCUUCAGCACCUCCACCCCCACCGCCAUCACCACCACCGCCACCACCUCUUCCAGCUCCACCGAAGCUCGCCUAUGGACCUCCACCUCCAGCUCCCAAAUUACCUUCACCACCAAAGGUUGUCCUUCCACCACCAGCAAAAGUAACUCCUUCACCACCACCGCCGCCGCCACCACCGCCACCUCCGCCACCAUUGCCGCUGCCAGCCCCACCUAAGCUAGCAUAUGGUCCACCACCUGCAGCACCCCCUCCACAGCGAUCACCACCUCCACCUCCACCACCACCACCACCACCAUUACCACUGACACUUCCACCCCCAUCUCGUCCUUCUCUACCACCAAAAACGGUAUAUGGCCCUCCACCACCACUACCUGCACCACCUCCCCCACCACCUCCCCCUGCUCUCCCUCCUCCAUCUCCUAAGCCAGUAUACGGCCCCCCACCUCCUCUUCCAGCACCACCACCACCUCCUCCACCACCACCACCACCACCCCCUCCACCUCCCCCAUCUCCCAAACCUGUUUAUGGACCUCCACCUCCUCUUCCAGCACCUCCACCACCUCCUCCGCCACCACCACCACCUCCUCCACCUCCCCCAUCUCCAAAACCUGUUUAUGGACCUCCACCACCUCUCCCAGCACCACCGCCACCUCCACCACCACCUCCUCCACCACCUCCACCACCGCCACCUCCCCCAUCUCCAAAACCUGUUUAUGGACCUCCACCUCCUCUCCCAGCACCACCACCACCACCUCCUCCGCCUCCCCCACCACCUCCUCCACCGCCACCUCCCCCAUCUCCAAAACCUGUUUACGGACCUCCACCUCCUCUCCCAGCACCACCACCACCUCCUCCACCUCCCCCGCCACCUCCACCACCGCCUCCUCCCCCAUCUCCAAAACCUGUUUACGGACCUCCACCUCCUCUCCCAAAACCACCACCACCUCCUCCACCUCCCCCACCACCUCCACCACCUCCACCUCCACCAUCUCCAAAACCUGCUUACGGACCUCCACCUCCUCUCCCAGCACCACCACCACCUCCUCCACCACCACCUCCGCCACCUCCACCUCCACCAUCUCCUAAACCUGUUUAUGGACCUCCACCACCUCUCCCAGCACCACCACCACCUCCACCACCACCACCUCCGCCACCUCCACCUCCCCCAUCUCCUAAACCUGUUUAUGGACCUCCACCACCUCUCCCAGCACCACCACCACCUCCACCACCACCUCCCCCACCACCUCCACUUCCAGCACCACCAAAACUAGAAUAUGGUCCUCCCCCUUCUGCACCACCAGCACCACCUCCUCCACCUCCACCUCCACCUCCACCACCCCCGUCUCCAAAACCUGUUUAUGGGCCUGCACCUCCUCUCCCAGCGCCACCACCUCCUCCUCCUCCUCCUCCUCCUCCUCCUCCUCCUCCUCCUCCUCCAGCACCUCCUAAAUCAGCAUAUGGCCCUCCACCUCCUCUUCCAGCACCGCCACCACCAGCACCACCACCAUCACUUCCAACUCCCCCUAAACUACCUUAUGCUCCUCCACCACCACUGUCCUCACCAGUUCCUCCUCCUCCUCCACCACCACCACCACCACCACCACCACCGCCACCACUUCCCACUCCCCCUAAACUACCCUAUGCUCCUCCACCGCCACUGCCCUCACCUCCUCCUCCUUCUCCUCCUCCUCCACCACCACCACCACCACCACCACCACCACCACCACCACCUACCCCUAAACCUUCUUAUGGUCCUCCACCAACUCUUCCAGCACCACCACCACCUCCACCACCACCACCACCACUUCCCACUCCCCCUAAACUACCAUAUGCUCCUCCACCCCCAUUGCCCUCACCACCUCCUCCACCACCACCACCACCACCACCCCCACCACCACCUACUCCACCACCAGUUCGUCCUCACCUUGUUUAUGGCCCCCCACCACCAGCUCCACCAUCCCCACAGCCCCCACUACCAGCGCCAGCUCCUAAACCAGCACCUCUGCCAAAACUACCAUCACUACCACCAUUGCCAGCGGUUCCCAAACUCACCUUCGGCCCACCAGCCUCAGUACUGUCGAAACUUAUCCCGUCAGUGCCUGCUCUUCCUGCACUUCCUCCUCUUCCGCCCGUCGCUCCCGUGACAUUCAGCAAAUUUUUGUCAUUAGAGCUCCCAAGAGUGGAAUCGAAGAUUGCAGGUCCAUCUAAAAUUGACAUCAGUGCUGAGGGAGGCUUCUCUAUCAGCUUGUAGCAGUCUGGCAUUACGACAGACUGCGAGACAGGUCGCACUCUGGCCCGCCUGUGAACCUCACCGUGAGCAACAGCGGUUGACCCACGUCCGACGGUGAACCACGGCCUCCGAAUGGAAUGUGGAAUGGUCUGCAAGGAGGGCGCCGCCUCGGCUACCAGCACGUGACACACCGCAUCACACACACGUUCCUCUUCGCGGCCUUCCAGGCUGUAUUUAUUAUUUCGAGCCAAGUGACAGCACUGUAAUUUAGUUUGUAAGACAAAGUUAUUUGUAACAUUAAAGUAAGUUCAUUUACAAA